UUAGUGUUUAGCAUUUGAUUGGGGGAAAUGGGAACCCUGGGGAGAGCGAUAUACAGCGUUGGGUUCUGGAUUCGAGAGACUGGUCAAGCCAUUGAUCGCCUUGGUUUACGCCUUCAGGGUGGCUACUACAUCCAAGAGCAGCUGUCUAGGCAUCGAACUCUGAUGAACAUAUUUGAUAAGGCUCCUGUUGUUGAUAAGGAUGUGUUUGUUGCACCAAGUUCCUCCAUCAUUGGAGACGUUCAAGUUGGAAGAGGAUCAUCAAUUUGGUAUGGAUGUGUCUUGAGAGACAUCACUUUCUUAAUAGGUGAUGUCAACAGCAUCAGAGUUGGAAGUGGAACUAAUAUACAGGAUAACUCCAUGGUGCAUGUUGCAAAGUCAAAUUUAAGUGGGAAGGUGUUGCCUACGACUAUUGGGGAUAACGUUACUGUAGGUCAUAGUGCUGUUUUACAUGGUUGUACUAUUGAGAAUGAGGCUUUUGUUGGUAUGGGUGCAACACUACUUGAUGGUGUCAUUGUUGAGAAAAAUGCCAUGGUUGCUGCUGGAGCCCUUGUGAGACAGGAUACAAGGAUUCCAUGUGGAGAGGUUUGGGCAGGCAAUCCAGCAAAGUUCCUGAGAAAGCUUACUGAUGAAGAGAUAGCUUUCAUCUCCCAGUCAGCCAUCAAUUAUACUAACCUUGCACAGGUCCACGCAGCUGAAAAUUCAAAGUCCUAUGAUGAAAUUGAGUUUGAGAAGGUGCUGCGAAAGAAGUUUGCGCGUAAAGAUGAGGAGUAUGACUCUAUGCUGGGUGUUGUUCGUGAGAUCCCACCAGAGCUUAUUCUUCCUGAUAAUGUCUUACCUGAUAAAACAGAAAAAGCUUCUAAAAUUUGAGGUAUUUAAAAGCAGUGUCUUCGAUUCCAAUCCUGAAAUGACUUCAAGGGAUAUUCUUGUUUUUUUCAAAUUCAUGGAAGAGGGAUUAUUUUCAUUCCCAAUAAUACCAGACAUUUUCUAGGCUAGAAUUAUGGCUACUUUCCAGAUUCUCUACUUUGGGAAAGGCAAAUUCCCUGUAGGAUGAUCGUGUAUGCUGAUAGUGUUUGAGGUAUCCAAUGCAAGUGAUUUCACAUGUAUUUUUCUUGUUCUUUAUGUUCAAGAUAUUUUUCGUCCCAACUUGGUUCAUAAGUUCUCGUUGAAACUAUUAGUAAUAUGAGGACAUUGACGCCUGUGUUUGUGUCUUCAGU